AUGUCAACAGAAAAAGUAUUUAUCACAGAAACUUCUACUGUACCAAAAAGGCAAACAUCUUCCAAAGCAACUCCUCCUCCUUGUACACCAAUAACUACUUGUUCACCCCACGAUAAUUUUUGGUUAACUACAGAAGAGGGACUGUUUCAAACGCAAUCCGAAGAGUAUCAAGCAUUUGAAGCACAGUUUACUGAAGAUUGGGACAAAAUAUCAAUUCUUUUGUGUGCACUUGAAAAUUUAUUCGAUUUUUAUGGUAUAUCAGUAGCUGUUGUUAAUGGUAUAAAAUUAGCGAAAUUAGCUAAAGAUUAUGAAAAUAAUUUGAAAUAUUUAACAAGUGAUAUUUUAUUAACAUGUGUAGAAGAUUCUCAUACAAUUCGACGGAUUAUGAAUGAACCAGGUUCCUCAUUUAAAGGACGACAAGGUCCUACUAGAGCUGCAAUAAAAAUUCAGUCGAUUUUUCGACGUUAUCGAGCUCAAAAGCAGUAUGAUGAACAAAAACGUCUUCGUGGAGCAGCUGCCGUCAUAUCAACAUCAUGGAUACGUUAUAAAAAAAUGAAAGAAUUAAGAGAAAGAUUGUCAGAUACAAGAAAAUAUUGUACAAAAAUAUCACAGAAAAGGUUAAAAGAACUUGGAAAUAAUUGGGAUCAUUUUGAACAAAAUAAUCAUGUUAUUGUACAUUUACCCUCUGCAAGCUAUUCUGAAUCAAUUCGUCAACAACUAGGUAGUAUGGAAGAAUUAGAAUAUAUGGAAAGUCGACAAAUUGCAAGAAUUUGUGAAGUUCGUAAUUCAAACACCGAUAUUGUCAUAGUUACACGUGUACCAAUAUCUGAUGACCUAUUAGAAUAUUAUAACAAACUGUUAGGUUUAAGUACAGCAAUUGAAACUGGUCAAUCAGAAAGUCAAUGUUCCAUUAGUUCACGUUAUAGAAUAAUUGUACCAGAAGCAAUUAAAUAUUUUCAUUCAAAUGCACCAUCACCUAUGUGUUUAGCAUCUUUACUCAAAUAUAGUCCAAGAGCAUUGAAACAUAUACGUCGUUUUAUUGCUGCACGUCCAGCUAUCCUUGUUCCAGGAUAUGGUGAACAUGAAGAUGUAUUCUAUGUCGCGAAUUGUUUAGGUAUACCAGUAUGGAAUUCUAUACCAUCUAUAAAUGCAUUAUUUUCACUACAAUCAACUACAAGACGUUUAGUAAAACAACUCAUUGAUACAUUAUUAUCUGAUCGUGAUAUUUCAAAUGAAUCAAAAAAUCAAAAUAUUUCAAAAGCUUCCGCGCUAUUCACUUCUGUUAUUAGUAGUCGAAAAAAACCCACUGAAGAUACACGAACAAAUAAAUUAAUGGAAGGUGUUGGAAAAUUAAAAAAAGAUAUGAAUAAAUUAGUGGCGGGGAAAAAUUAUUGGCCAAUUGAACAACCACCAGGAGAUUUUGAUAUUUAUACAAUGGAUCAUUUAUGUGAAACAUUAGCAUCAUUGUUUACAGAAAAUUUACCAAUUAAAAAUUGGUUAUUAAAAAUUGAUCAUAAUAAUAUUGAUAAACGUGCAACAGCUUUUAUUUCAAUAGAAAAUUUACAAUCAUUUAAAUGGGCAUUAGAACAACGACAAUGGCAUGGUGCAAUUCGAUGGAAUAAGAAAUGGGCUCAGGAAACUACAUAUGUGAAAAUACUAUCCGAAGUUCCACAAUUAAUUUCAAAACAUUUGAAAUUAUUUCCUAAUAGUUUUUAUACUGAUUCAGAAAGUUUUCUGAAAGCAUUUUUAAAAUAUGGUGGUGUCAUCGAGGCAUGUCCCCCAGUUGAUGAAUGGACAAAUCUCUCUGUUGUAAUUGCUAUACUUCCAAAUGAAACUGUUCGUAUAGUGGCUAGUGGUGACCAGUUACAUUCGGAUGACAAAUUCUACACAUGGGGAGAAACAAUACCUAUGUCAUCAGUGUCACCACCUUGGGUAAAUUAUCUUAGUAUGGAACUGGGUUCAUUGUUGGCCAAUAAAGGAGUUUUUGGUUAUGUCAGUAUUGAUUUCCUAACAUUUAUACAUCCAGAGAAAAAUGAACAAAUUUUAUGGAUUACUGAUAUUAAACCAGGUUAUACAGAUUUAUUAGCUAUGACACAAUUAGUAUUAUUUGCUACAAAUACAACAUUUGAAAUUAAUCAAUUCACUGGGGAACAUCAAAUCAUUGCAAAACCACCAACAAUAUUAUUAGAGAAAAAAAUCAAUGAAGAAUCACAAGAAUUAAUUAUGUCCAAUGAAAAAUAUACUGAAAUACAAAAAAAUUUUAAACGUUACGCUGUUGUCAGUACACGUUUACAUCAUUCCAAUUUGACAAUGAUACAAUAUUCGGUAUUUUUCAAAAUAUGCCGAGCUAAUUAUAUUGGUUAUAAUUUAAAAGAACGACAAGGAAUAUUAUUCUCACCAAUGGAUAGUUAUCGACGAGAUCGUUUAGCAUUAGUUUCAAUUUCAGAGAGUCUUGAGAAUGCAUUAAAAAAAUUUGUUAGUACUUUAACAAUUAUUCAUAAAGAAAUAUCAACUCCAAACACAUCUGGUGUAAAUAAUUUUCAGUCAGUAGUUAAACAAUUGGAACAAACUCUUGGUCAAGUUAUUGAAAAUUCUAUAGAUCAGAAAACCACGACACAACAACAAAAUAAAGAACCUAUAAAGACCACUAAAUGAACAAUAAAGAAGGUGGAUGCAGGAGGAGAAGAUGAAAACGAAACAGGGGACAUUCAACGCUGACAUCAACACUCACUGCAAAUUAUACAACAAGCUAUUUAUUAAAUAUAAACACAUAUUUAUAUAUAUAUAUACAUAUUUUCAUAGGUGCA